UUUGCUAACGUCACACACUGCGAUUCAUCUGUUGGGCGCUCACCGAAAGGAAAUAAUAUUGACACAGCAUCUCGACUACCGUAAUUAGAUGGUCCCAAACAUGGCACGUCUAUCUAAUGAACACCUGAUGAAGUAAUACUCAUAAAGGAGCAGCCUGUCUGAAGAAAUCGAGGAGAUUUGGGCUGGCGUUGUGUCUAUGUGUAUCGAUCAUCUACUGGUAGAGAGAUACAUCGCCCGCGGAGUCAUUAGAGUAUCGCGAUGUGAUGCUGACUGACUCCACUCGCGAAUCUCAGUGUGGCGAGGGCGAUGGUUGUGGCUAACACACAGCGGAUUCUGACUGGAAAAUAAUGCGGCUUUUUCCUUAAAAAAUCAAUGUGAAACAAUUUUGACCAGGAUUAGCGUCGAACUUCAGCCAGGAUUGAAUAUCCUGUAAAAAGCACAAGCGCCACGCGGAUUUAUGUAUUCUAUGUCGACAUGACAUAAAUCUUACCCGAAGAAUUUAUAUGCAGAUGUGACUGUUAUAAAGGGAAAUUCUCAUUGCGAUCUGUGUCUAGGACGGCUGGAUACUUGUUUCCCAAAAAUCGAUUUCAUAUGUGAACAUGUCAACUAACCCACGGAUAAUGACGUGAUUCCUCGUGUAUUGGUUUUUAGAAGUCUGCUGUGGCGGUACUUGAAACCAUGUCAAGUACUGCACUUGAUGAGUGCAUGGUGUCAAUCACGGAUAACGCUGAUUUGGAUGAAAUGUGAUAUAUGAGAGGGAUUUCAUGAUUUAUACAGAAGGCAACGGUCUAUGGGGAGCUCUUGGAACAAAUCUAGCGCUUUAGUCUGACUUCAGUGAGAAUUCGGCACGGCGCGCCAAAGACCAUUUGUUGCCCUACAGGAUGUCGGCUGCAGCCUCUUGGACAGACAGGAUGGCCUGGUUCGCCUGGGGAAUAUUAGGCAUGUAUUCAAUAGGCCUUGUGAUUGGAGGAUCGGAAAAGGCGAACGAAAGAAAGGUUUCCCGGCAAGACGGGGAUAUAAUCAUUGGUGCACUCUUCCCUGUUCACCGGGCGCCAGGUUUCAAAACAGCUUUUACCCGCCAGUGUGGCGAAUUCUGGGAGCAAUACGGUAUCCACAGAAUUGAAAUGUUUUAUCAAGUUCUAGACGAAAUCAACGCCAGAGACGAUAUCCUUCCUGAGAUUAAACUAGGGAGUGAUAUAAGAGAUUCUUGUUGGUACUCCCCAAUCGCUCUCGAACAAAGCAUCGACUUUAUCAAAGCUUCCAUUGCCAGUUUGGAGUCACAACACAAAAAUGACACACAACAGAAUAUAUCGUCGUCUUGCCAAAAGGAAGCUGAGAAACCCAUUGCCGGUCUUAUUGGCCCGGGUUCGAGUGCUGUCACAAUCCAAGUACAAAACCUAUUGUCGUUAUUCAAUGUACCAGGAAUUGGAUAUUCUGCGACGAGUAAGGAUUUAAGUGACAAAAGUAUGUACAAAUAUUUUUUACGUGUUGUGCCAUCGGAUUCACUACAAGCCCAGGUACUUUUGGAUAUUGUGCAACGUUACAAUUGGACAUACAUCUCAACUGUUUACACUGAAGGAAAUUACGGUCUCAGCGGCAUUAGCAUAUUUCACGAAUUAGCAGAGUCAGCAGGAAUCUGUACGGCGGCCGAGGACGGACUCUCUGACCAAGCAGAAGGAGCAGACUAUGAUAAGGUGGUGACCAACCUACUCGAGUUCCCGAACGCCAGGGCCGUGGUGUGUUUUUGCAAUGGAAUGAUGGUCAGACACCUCUACCAGGCCAUGGAAAAACGAGGUGUGGUCGGCCACUUCAUGAUAAUCGGAAGUGACGGUUGGAAUGUCCGCCCUGAUGUUGUGCGAGGUAUCGAAAAUUUAGCAGCUGGUGGCAUAUCAAUCAAGCUUCAUUCGCCUGAGGUGAAAUCAUUCGAUGAAUUUUAUUCGAAACUUCGACCAAAAGACAACGAUCGUAAUCCAUGGUUCAAGCAGUUUUGGCAAUAUAGGUUCAACUGUUAUAUACCCGGACCGGAUCGAAAUUAUACGAGCACCGUACCGUGCACCGGGGAGGAGAGCCUAACCAGUUUCGAUGACUAUGUCCAAGAUGCAAAGCUUGGUUUCGUAAUCAAUGCGAUCUACACCAUGGCCUACGGACUCGACAGUCUCCAGCGGUCUGUUUGUAAUGGGAAGCUUGGCGUGUGUCCAGAACUUCUCCCCAUCAACGGAACCUUGUUCCUCAAGCACUUGCGAAACGUUUCCUUCACGAGUUACAGUGGCGAAGAAGUGCACUUCGAUGCUUUUGGAGAUCCGCCGGGCCGGUACGACAUCAUGAAUUAUCAGAAGAUACUAACUUCGAAUGGUUCCUACCGGUAUGACUACGUCCAGGUCGGGGCGUGGGACACCGGCAACCUCACGAUGAAUAACUCGGCCAUCUUCUGGCCGAAGAGAGCAAGCAAAGUAGAUUCUGUAUGCAGUAAACCAUGUCCUGUUGGCCAGGUUAAGAAAAUUCAACAAGGCCGUGAUCAUUGCUGCUGGGUGUGCACCGCCUGUCUGCCAAAUGAAAUACUCUUAGAUGAGACAACCUGUCGAAAGUGUCCGAAAGGAUGGUGGCCGAAUGACGAACUAACAGCCUGUUUUCCCAUCAAGAUUGAAUACAUUCUCUGGACCGAUUCCCAGGCGCUUAUUGCCAUGGCCUUCUCAUCCAUCGGAAUGUUCAUCACUCUCUGCAUAAUAGUUUGUCUUGUCCGUCACAAUGACACACCAGUCGUAAAAGCCUCAACGAGGGAAUUAGUCUACAUCAUUCUCGUUGGAAUCAUCAUUGCCUACGCCACAAGUUUCACUCUCAUUGCUAAGCCUUCCAUUGCAACAUGCUACCUAUCAAGGAUUCUUCCUGGGUUCGCUUUCUCCAUGAUUUACGGAGCUUUGGUCACCAAAACAAACCGCAUUGCAAGAAUACUCGCUGGAAGUAAAAAGAAGAUCAUGACAAGGAAGCCACGAUUUAUGAGCGCUUCUGCGCAGGUUGUGAUCACGUGCAUGAUAAUCGGAAUCGAGUGCGCAGUAAUCACAAUAAUGUUGGUUCUGGAGCCAGCUGAUUCCACUAUGGAUUACUAUCAAGUGAAAAAAGUCCGGUUGGUAUGCAACACCACAACAUUGGGAAUCAUUGUACCACUUGGUUUUGAUAUACUGCUUAUAGCUAUGUGCACGCUGUAUGCUAUACGGACGAGAAAUGUUCCAGAGAACUUCAACGAGGCCAAAUUUAUAGGUUUCACCAUGUACACCACAUGCGUCAUUUGGUGUGCUUUCGUGCCAAUAUACUUUGGCAGUGACAAUAAAGUGAUUACACUGUGUAUUGCAAUCAGUCUCAGUGCCAGUGUAGCAUUGGUGCUUUUAUUCUUCCCAAAGGUUUACAUCAUUCUGUGCAAACCAGAAAAAAACAACAGAAGUGCUUUCACGACAUCGCGUGACGUUAGAUGUCAUAUUGGAUCUCAAAUCAGUGCGGGGAAGUUGUCCUACAACAAUUCUAAUGACAGUAUGGAGGCGAUGAGGGAUAAUGACGGGCUCGUAGAUUCGAGAGAUAACGUAAACAUUGAUUAUGAUAAUGAUAAUCAUGUUGAUAUCGACGUAGAACCAGAAUGGCAUGACAAGGCGUUCGAACAGGCAGCAAUGGAUAUCUACAGACAGAAGAACUUUUUUGACAAGUGGCGGACGAAGAGUAACAAUAAAGGUCGUGUGACCUUCAGAGGCAUGCGUUUCGGCAGCCAGGGGUCGACAAAUCUCUACAGGUACAAUCCGAGAUUCAUCAAACAGAACUGUGCACCGCAGGGGUCUCCCAGAGUCAAGGGCAGGUAUGAGAGCAUUCCAUUGAGGGAUGUAAAUGAAUCUCCCGUACCAACGCUUAGAAUAAACUCGAACAGAAAAAAUAUUCCUGAUAUAGAAAUGGAUUUGAAUGACCUUAACCUUGAGCGAAAGCGGCGAAGGUCAAGGUCACCUUCACCGAGGGUUUUACCGAAGCAGGAUAGUUCGUGCCAGACGGACGAAGACCUAAUUGAGUCGUUUUAUGAGCUUAGAAAAAGGAAUGUACAUAAACCUUCUUCGAGCAGUAGUUCACAGACGACUGAGGAUAAUUGUAAAUCUGCUGGUAAAGGUCCUGCGGCUGCCCAUGGCGCCAACGGGAUAAGUAGUGGCCGGUCAAGUCACAACAACUCUUUUUAUCAAGCUAGAAAGGAUGCCGAUGAGACGGACAGCCUUCUGGUACAUGAACCACCAGGUGCGAGUCAGGUCAGCCACGAUCGGCAUCCGCUGCUGAAACAGAACGAAGCCAUGUUCUGCUCAUCAUCGGAUGAGGGCAGCUAUAGCAACAGGGAGGACUCAAUCACUGGGCUUGAUGAUUUCUUUUACGACUCGUUUAUAGAUCCUAAGGAUUUAGAACGAUUAGGGCCGCGACAAGCACACCUGGUUGACAAUUUAACUCUAAGACCCGUGGAUAUUGGAAUACACAAAAGUGGGUCCGGGGAGAGCUUCAAGCGACCUCAGGAGUUGCCCGUGCCCUCUGUAUCGAAGCGUCCCACCCAAGAUCCGCGAACUGGGCAAUCUAAAAGUGAUUUGAUUAUUCCUAAUAGAUACACACAAAAGGGAUCUGUAGACAAUGCCCAGCCCCAACCGAGUGUCUCAACUAGUGAUAUACCACCUCAUAUAAACUAUCCUAAACGGCGUUCCGACAUAACCUCGAGCACGGCCAGCGAGGGCUCAGAUACCAUCUCGCUGGGCGAUAUGUCCGACACGGGUAUGAAGCUUUUAGAAGAGGAAGCGAACAGCGUGGAACAAUUUCAAGAGUACAUGAGAACAAAAGGAAUCAAGUUAGAUUUAAAUGACGUGCAGUCGAGUGAAGUGUGAUUCUACAUAACCCUUCAUGGAAUUUAGGCUAUUUUGUGAAAAUUCUGAGAAAUAAUUUCAUUCAUCCGAUCACAAUUAAUGGUACAAUCAGAAAGUGCCCAUCAUGAGUUUUCUAACGGGUGAUCAUGUCAUCAAUAGGUUUUUAAGAGUGACGUAGUUUUAAGGUAAAUUUCUGCAUCCCGCAAUAUGCAACAGAUUGCCCCAUUGCACUUUUAACAGUAAGGAUGUGUUAAUGCGAGGACUGCUCCAAAUGACUGUCUGUAGUCGAUGUCAAUUCGGCUCUGUCACUGUCUUAUUAUGAUAUGUUCUUGGACAGAUAUUGCAACUAUUUCUCAGCAAUACUGACUGAGCUUUCAAGUCGUACUAAAAUGUGCAUGUUGCACUUUCGAGUUCAUAUAUUAGAAAUGCGAUAUUUCCUAAAUUGGGUGACAAAUUAUUUCCUAAUGGUUUUAAUUUUGUGGUUCACAUCCAGUUUGCAUACGGGACUGAUAGAAUAGAGCACGGGGAACAGAGCCGAAUGAACUCUAACUGAACUGUGUCCUUAUAGCCAUCUGCAAUCCACGUCUUUAAAAAAUAGAACGACAUGAUUGUGUGCGAUAUGCUGAGGCAUCUGGCUGGAUCCUUACUAGGUUUAAGACUGAAACGACUGAACCAAGUCAUAAAGACAGUAUGUGGUCCAUGUGACCACACGGAGGUGCGUAUCAUCAGCCAUGUCAGCUAUAUAAAGGAUCGCCAAAAAACUGCAUUUUCAAGGUACCGUGAACGCAAAGGAAAAUGCAUUUGGUCGCCGCGUUCUUAAAAAUGAAUGUACGUCCAUAUUGCAAAGUACCUUGCAUCAUGCAUCUUAGUUCAGGUUUCACCCUGGAAAUCCUUUAUCCUUUGUCAGACAACUUGGGAUUCCACAACUCGGUCAUGACAACAGUAUUUAUCCGGAGUAUUUAUAACGGAAGCGAUUGUGGGAAGCUGAUAAUUCAGGAGGCCAUCCGAAAACACAAGGUAAUCUCUAAACCCUCCCUGCAACUCGAACUGCACAAAAGAAAAAAAAUAUCGUUGUAUCGUCCGAUUUGUCCCGCACAAAGGAUAUUGUUUCUCUCCGGUGGAUAUGCGGCCCCUACUAACGAUUAAGUUAGUGGAACAAGUGGUCUCUCAUGUCAUUUAGAUUUGGACGAAUUUAUUUUGGCGAGACUCGUAAAUCAGCGUUAAUACUUAGCAGAACAAGGAAUCCCGAAAAUUCUUAAAUACAUGAUUGAGUUAUUGUUUCGUACUUCGUCGUGCGUACCACUGCACAACUAAGUGUUGUUAACUUAUUAUUUGAAUUAUGUUGGCCAAAUAAACGUACCUAAUCCUAAGGAUACGAAGAGCUAUACGAAUGCCGAAGUACGAAGUAUGUAAAUUAUGUAUUCUAUCGACGAUUCUUUUUGAAAGUUUACUGGAUAACUCUUACAGCUAAGUAUAAAAGACAACGUACGAGUUGAAUUGAUGACACCAAUGACCUUCGAACCUCGCCAUUCGGGUGGAUCGCAUAACGUGUAAUGAAGUUCCUGAACAAAAAGGACAAACAUGAUGAAGAAAAGUGAGAAACAAUACAAAAAAAUAAUAUUAGAUCUAAGCUCGAAUCCAUUCGAACCUAAUUCGUUCUUGAAGGAAAGUACUCUAAUUGCGUGAGAUAAUGUGGUUAAGAUCGUCCCGGCUUCCGAAAACGAGAACCUCACGAGUUAAAUGUGAAGGCGGACUCUGAAGUAAAUCCGCGAAUUCAGUUCCCUUUUGUCCUCAUUUAACUUCGUACGCAAAGGAUAUGCUGAAGGCUUUGGACAUGAGUUGAACACAUCGAUACAAAAUAACAAGCAGUUGGCCUACCGUGGCCACAUCAAAAUGUUUAAAACCGCAAAAUAACUUUCAAAGUCCCCCCCCCCCCCGACCAAAGCAGUGAAAGUGUUUUUAAUGGGUACAGGUGAAGCCAGUCUCUUUACAUAGUUUGUCUUUUUGUUCAAGAACAUAUCGUGUCUUCUCAUCAAAUCAACGUCAACAGUGAUGAUAAACGUGGUCACAAUUUCAUUUUAGAUACAACUUUCUAAAUUUAUUGAGAUUUCUAAUGCUUGUGUACAUGACGCUGGAGUGCUAUUUGACACACUUUUUUCCAUGUGGUUGAAACAUUUCUCCUCCCUUCUCCAGAGGUAUGUUUAGUAGUUAUGUAUUGUUUUCCUUCAAAAUCCUAACUUUACUGAGCUUUAUGUAAUGAUGUUGGCUCUAAUAACUAAUUGGGUCGUAUUCUUCCUAUUAUGUUCGUGAUCGUUCCGAUAAGAUGGCGCUAAUAAAUGCGAUGUUCGGUAUUGUAAACUAUGGAUAUCUUAUCCCGUGACUUCUUUGAGACGAAGAGGGUCAAAGCAGACAAGAACGUUGAUGAAUGCUCGCUACUUUUUAUUUUGUUACACAUCGUCCCAAUAUAUGUCACUUGGGAAGGCGGAGCGCCGUGCUGCUCUGACCUCUUCUGUCACAUCCCCUGGGUGAGCGUACAGUUCUAUACAUGCCAUAAUAAGACCAUAGAGAUCAUUUUUUUUGUUAUGCAGGCUUCUUCAGUACAACUUCGAUUCGUUUAGGUAUCAACUAUUCUCCGGCGAUAAUAAAAUCUUCGCCUUCACACCCCAACAAAGAAUCUUUUAAGACAACAACCCAACAAAUCAAGAAUAUUUUAAGACUCUUUACUUGGGUGUGAAGGCGAAGAUUGAAGGGAAAAACUGUGUCUCUUGCCUGCAUAGCAUAGCAAUGUAUGCUUGUAACGCGUUUGUCAUCUCGGCUCAAUUAAAUAUUCUGCCAACAACUUUUUAACUUUAUGUGAGUCAUCUUAAUACAUUUAUAAUUACGUACAUGUUUAUGUUUUGUCUCUAUAUCUCUCCAUUUACUCACAUUUCCCGCGCCAAGUAACAAUUGUUAUUUCAACCAGUUAUUAUGAAUAAAAAUAAUAACAUUCGGAAAUAUAUGCGGUUUUAACCCUUAAUUUCUUCUUCAGUCUUCCGGGGGGGGGGUCACGUAACAAAGAACAUUUUAUAUGAACGACCUAUCUAAAUGCCCGGAGGCGGUUAUACAAGAUGGAUGAAAUAGUACAGUUGAUCUCCUCGGUUUGUGUCGCCGUUUCAUAAUUGUUGCGGUGCCUGUAUUUCAAUUGACACCUUUGGCCAACUGCUUACUCUGUAAUCGUGCAAGAAAGUAUGAUAAAAACUCGACUUCUAUUAAUUACUCGUGUAU